CUCAAGCACCGCACUCACUGGACCCGACCUCACCUGGGCUCCCGUCACCUUCCCCUCCACGCAUGCGGCCCCGACAGGGGGACCAUUCCGCCCGGCAGGCAGAUAAGACAAGAUGCCCGGCAAUCAAGCGGCACCGUUUUCCAUGGGCUGGAAGCCUGGCAGCCAUCAAGGCAUGGCACGAGGGAACUGAAAGCACAGACAGCGGAAGUGUGAAUCACUGGCCGAAAGCAUACCUCGCUAGGUACCAUCAAUGGAAUCCCAUCUGGGCAGCCUUCCACAGCCGCCAACGGGCCGGCGGGCGGUUAAGGUACUGAGCUCUCUCAUGCAUUCUGUCGAGUUCCAGCGCUGUGAGGUUCUGAUGUGAGGGGAAGCAACCCAGCCGCCAAAACGGGAUGCAGGCUCAGCAGCCAGGCAAUUUCCCCGCCACUGCCGUGGCCGCGCGCAUGCCCCACCACAGAUAAAAUUUCCUCUGUGUCUUCCCAUCCACAUCAUCCAUCGCACAGAUCCCUUUUUAUUUGCUUCCCCGUCACCCCUCUUCUUCCCAAACCCAUCUUUCCUCAUCAUUGAUCAAAUUAUCAAAGAUGGCCUUCGGAAAGCUUUACACCUACGAGGCGAACCCCCGCUCCACGGCCAUCUUGGCUGUCGCGAAGGCCAACAACCUCGACCUCGAGGUUAUCAAGGUCGACCUUGAGGCUGCCAUCGAGGAGUACAAGAAGGUCAACCCUCUCGGCAAGGUCCCCACCUUCGUUGGUGCCGACGGCUACACUCUCUUCGAGUGCAUCGCCAUCGCCAUCUAUGUCGCUUCCCAGAACGAGAAGACCACUCUCCUCGGCAAGACCAAGCAGGACUAUGCCUCCAUCCUGAAGUGGCUCUCUUUCUUCAACACCGAGGUCCUUCCCCCUCUUGCUGGCUGGUACCGCCCUCUCCUUGGCAAGGCUCCCUACAACAAGAAGGCUGUUGAGGACGCUCAGGCUACUGCCCUCAAGGCCAUCUCUGUCGCCGAGGCCCACCUCAAGAACAACACCUUCCUCGUUGGCGAGCGCAUCACCCUUGCCGAUCUCUUCGCCACUGGCAUCAUUGCCCGCGGCUUCGAGUUCUUCUUCGACAAGGCCUGGCGCGAGCAGUACCCCAACGUCACCCGUUGGUACACCACUGUCUACAACCAGCCCAUCUACUCGGCCGUUGCUCCUCCCUUCGCUCUCCUUGAUACCCCCAAGUUGACCAACGUCGCCCCCAAGAAGGCUGAGGCCCCCAAGCCCGCCGCCCCUAAGCCCGCUGCUGCUCCCGCCGCUGCCGCUGAGGAGCCCGCUGAGGCCCCCAAGCCCAAGCACCCCCUUGAGGCCCUUCCCCGUGCCUCUUUCCCCCUCGACGAGUGGAAGCGCCAGUACUCCAACGUUGACACCCCCGAGGCCCUCAAGUGGUUCUGGGAGAACGUUCCCUUCACUGAGUACUCCAUCUGGAAGGUCAACUACAAGUACAACGAUGAGCUCACCCUCACCUUCAUGUCCAACAACCUGAUUGGUGGCUUCAACAACCGUCUUGAGGCUUCUCGCAAGUACCUCUUCGGCUGCGCCUCCGUCUAUGGCACCAACAACGACUCCGUCAUUCAGGGUGCCUUCGUCAUCCGUGGCGAUGACUGGAAGCCCGUCUUCGACGUUGCUCCCGACUAUGAGAGCUACGAGUUCACCAAGCUCGACCCCCAGAACCCUGAGGAUCGCGCUUUCGUCGAGGCUGAGUGGUCCUGGGACAAGCCCGCCCUUGUCAACGGCAAGGAGUACCCCCACGCCUCCGGCAAGGUCUUCAAAUAAACGAUACCACGAACAAAUUAAUUUAAGGAAGGAGGUUAUACCAACAGGAGUUUACUAGACUACGGGAUUUUAUGAUGACUUGAUGAACAAAUAUUGAUGGGUUUCGAAGGACAAGCCGUUUUUGCCCCUUUUUCUCAUGAGCUCAUGUGUAUCGCUCGCUGAUGGAUAGUCGUCGCCGAUGAAUGAGUCUUUAGUAGAUGCUAGUAACCUGUCGAAAUCUCCGAUAAAAGUUGUUUUCAUGGCCAAUUG